UGUCAUGUUUUCAGGCAGCACCAUGAAGGAGCUCAGGAUACUGCUACAAACAAGUUUCACUUUAUUAAUACUUGCAGGCAGCAGCUCUGGACAAUACGUCAGUUCAGGGCCCAGUCUGAGAAUGGACCAGGCUCUGUUAACUUUUCAUAACCAGCUGAAAGAAGAGGUGCAGGUUUUCUACACGUCUGAUCACUGCUACGAGUGUGUGUACCAGCAUCUGGCCAGUGUGAAACCCAACAACAACAAUGCAUCUGUGGUGAUCAGCACCAAAUUGACUCUGACUGUGCGGGUGGAACCGCAGACCAGGAACUCAACUCUGUGCAGGUGGAGUCAGGAGUAUGGAGAAGGCGGUCAUUACUCUGUUUGGAUCAAGAUGUCAGAAGCCACCGGUGAUCCCAGCUGUGCUCACACUGUGGCCAAAAGACCAAACAACGCAUACCUGCCUCUUGUGGUUUCAGCUCUCUCACUGGCCAUAAUCACCCUCUUGGUCGUCGCAGCACCUUACAUCUACAGGAGGCGUCGUACAUCAACAUUUUUUAAGACCAUUUGCUGCCAAUGCACUCAGUACUCAGUGGAUAAUGACGGAGCAGAUUCUUCUGAAGCUGAGCACAAGCCCACCGAAGCCAAACCAACUCGUCUACGCUCACUGGACACUUUCCGAGGAUUUGCCCUGACAGUGAUGGUGUUUGUGAACUACGGGGGAGGAGGCUACUGGUUCUUUCAACAUGCUCCAUGGAAUGGUUUAACUGUGGCGGACCUUGUCAUGCCGUGGUUUGUGUUCAUCAUUGGCACCUCAGUGGUCUUGGCUUUCAGAUCCAUGCAGAGGAGAGGGGUGAGCCGCCUCCAGCUGCUGCGCAAAAGCACCUGGAGAACCGCCGUCCUCCUGCUGCUCGGCUUCUGCUUCCUCAACUACUCACCAAGAGACGGACCACUGUCCUGGUCGUGGCUGCGGGUCCCUGGAGUGCUGCAGCGUCUGGGCUUCACUUACUUUGUUCUGUCUCUGCUGCAGACUUUCUGGAGACAGAGAGAAAUCCCACUGACAUCGCAUCACUGGUGGAACCCCAUCCAGGAUGUGAUCUUGUAUUGGCCCCAGUGGCUGAUAAUCAUCCUGCUGGAGACUCUGUGGCUGUGCAUCACCUUCCUAAUGCCUGUGCCCCACUGCCCCACAGGUUAUUUGGGAGCUGGUGGAAUCGGUGAUAAUGGUCUUUACCCAAACUGCACUGGCGGCGCUGCAGGACACAUUGAUAGGCUGAUGUUUGGUGAUAACAUGUACAGAUACCCCACGUGCAAAGAAUUGUAUCAGACCACACAGCCCUUUGACCCAGAGGGGGUUCUGGGUACAAUCAACUCCAUCGUCAUGGGAUUCCUGGGGAUGCAGGCUGGGAACAUCAUCAUUUUCUACAAGGGGAGAAACGUCCAGAUCCUCUGUCGAUUUCUUGUGUGGGCCGUCGUCCUGGGAAUCUCCGCUGCCAUCCUUUCUAAGUGCACACGAGACGGAGGAUUUAUACCUGUCAAUAAAAACCUUUGGUCGUUGUCCUAUGUGACAUGCAUGGGCUGUUUCUCCUUCCUGCUGCUGGCGGCCAUGUACUUUGUCAGUGACAUCAGGGGCUGGUGGGGCGGACAGCCGUUCAUAUACCCAGGGAUGAACUCCAUCUUUGUGUACGUCGGCCACUCUCUCCUCUACUUCCCGUUCAGCUGGGAGAUGCACUUCCAGCAGAGCCACUGGGAGUGGCUCUUCCAAAGCCUGUGGGGGACCGCGCUGUGGGUGCUCAUUGCCUACCUGCUCUACAGGAAGAAUUUCUUCCUGAAAAUAUAAACAGAAUGACACCGUUAUCUUUACAGCUAACCGUUUCCUCUUCAGUGAUACAUAUACAUGUAAAUCAAGCCUACUGAUGCUAAUGUCCAAGUCAGCUGAUGAAUUAAGCCGGAAAAGAAAGGGUGAAUAUUGUAUUUAACAAACACAGGCUGUAGCACAAUGGAAAGAGCGUAAACAUGUUCAUCCAUGAAACCCAUUAAAACAACACCCUGGUUCUAAAGAAGAGGAUCCAGUGAUCCAGUGUCAGGGUGGGCAGCUGAGGUUUUAUUUGAUGCCACUGAAUACACUGAUUACAUCUAAUAUACUGAGAUGGUACUUAACAAAUUAGGCAGAGUGAUUCCACUACACACCAGCCUGACCAUUAUGAGACUGUUGCCAUGGCCACUUCUCCUCCUUAUGUGUGUUUGUGUGUGCGAGUGUGCCGGGGGGAUGUACCAUCUGCCGUCCAGGUGACAAUACUUUAAUGGGGGUCAAGAUGCACAACUCACAGUCAUUAAUGGGACUGAAACCUCUCACACUCAUUGUAUUAGAAAAUCAGGGAAAUGACUUGAAUCCAAUUCAUCUGGAGGCGAGCCCCCUCAAAGAGCCUGAGCCCUUUUGACAUUUUACCCAUUCAAUACUAAACUACUGAAACCGUGUUAAUCCUCAGACUCAAACUAUAUUAUUCCCACAUGGUUGACAGUCUUGUUGAUUUAUUGAUAUAUAUAUAUAUAUAUAUAUGUGUGUGUGUAGAAUGUGUGUAUGAUCGGAUCGGUGUGCUCUCAACAUCAGGUCAGGUUGUGUGUACAUCAUGAAAUGACCAUCUAUUUAAUUAAAUGACACAGUGUUGUGCGUCUCUUCCACAGUAAAAUCAAAUUACGCUCCUCCGAGGCUCUAAGAACCUUGCGUAACACGGUGUAGUGGUUUCGGUAACUGUCUUACGAGCAGACGUUGUUGUUGGAAUGCCGCUAGGUGCCUCCUUCCAUCUUGAACACGACUCCGAAUCCAUUACUGCUCUCCUAAACUCCUGCGCUCGUGAUGGAAACACAUUAAUGCUUCUUCAUGGGAUUAAAAUGAAAUCGAUACAGACUCACCACCGAGGGCUAAAGAUAUCUUCUGUGUAUUUGCAUGCAAUGAUGAAGCUUUAAUCUAAAUAUUAGCAUUUAGCUGACUCAUUCCCAGUGACGUACAGUAACUGCAAAAGCAUUAUGAGCACAGAUCAUCACAAGCAGCUGCUAAUAAAGAUCAAAAAGGUCACAAUCUGAAUGUCUAGACUCUGGAGGUAAUGAAUAUUCUUCUUAUGUUUCAGAUUGAAUUUCUGCUAAUGUCAUCCUGCCGGCCUCUGAAUGUCUUGUCGCUCUAUAGCUUUGUCAGAAAAAGAGCCCAUAAGACACCACUGUGGUCCCACAUACCACACUUCCUUGCCUUUAUUGAUUCCCACUGAGCAUAUGUCUCAGGAUACCUAUAGUCUGUCAUAUGGAAACUUUAUCCCAGAUACAAUGUGCUCAUGCUGACCACUCGCCUUCUUAUAUUCUCAUAAUGAUCCCAGCUUUCUCCCCUGAUACAGCAAUCAGCAUUAUAUUUACCCCGCUAUAGAGUAAGUGAACAUCUGAGUACAGUAUCUGCUCAUCAGAUCAUUUAUUACAAAUGUAUUGACAUAACACAUAAAUACAACUUGAUAUCUUCAAGCGGGCGACAACUAUUGGACCUUUUAUUGGAGGAUUUCAAGCAAUGGCUUUAUUUGAAAUGGAUAUACAGCGUUUUACUGAACACAGUUAGAGAUAAAUCUAUUUACAGUACAGUAUUACAUGUUAAUCAUGAAUGUAAAAGCUAAGGAUUUUUAAGUCCUAUGAUAAAAAGAGUAGGUGAUAUGUUCUUUUCCUGCUGAGAAGCCCUGUCGUCCUUUUCUCCAGUGUUUUUGUGCUCCAUGCAGAGACAUUGAUUGGGGAGCGAUUUCUGUGUGAGUGACUGGUGUCCUGCCCCGGGGAUGCAGCAAUGCAUCACUCCACACGCUAUCGAGUCACAAACAGAUCCCACACUUUAACAGCCGUCGUCCUCUGUGACACUAUCAGACCUGAAAGAGGAAAUGUCCCACAGAGUCACAGAGCUGGUCUCACAGUGGUCAGCAGGUACAACACUCAUGAGUCUGAUUAAACCAUAUAAUGCACUAUAGGUUAAGCAGGGAUAUUAAUGAAGACAAAAGCUCAAUUCGCUUGUUGCUGGAUCUUUGAAAUCCUGUCCUAACACAAAGCUUUGUUUUGAAAUCUGAUUCCACCAUAUAAAUAUAUUAUAAUCACUGGUACAUCUGAAUAUGUCCAAUGUAAAUUCAUGACUAUUUGUCACCUUUGUUUCACAGAAAAUGUUCAGGCUUUGGGCUCCUUAGGAAUGGAAUACGUUACCUUUCAAUAUCUGUCAUCAUGUAACUUAUCCCCAAAAUUUUUUUUUCAAUUGUUUUCAUUACUUAUUUUACUGUUCCAGGAUUUCUUGUAUUUCCUCCAUUCCUUAUUUAUCCAUUGAAUGAGCUUUUCUUUCUUUCUUUUGAUUGUAUUUAGUGUUAAUAUUAUAACUGUAGUCUGUUGUUCUGUCUGUCUUUGCUUUGUCCUUCUUGUGUUGUUGUUUGUUCUGUAGCUGUUGUGUCCCCUAUUAUUGACCCUUGUUUCUGUAUUUUGGAGAUGAUACAGCUCAAAGGGUAAAUCCCAUGAAAGUACAUUUCUUGAAAUCCUCCCAUGUCAUGUUUAGAGAUUUGACAUUCACCAUAAUAAAUACAUUAAAACCC